AUGGUUCUUCACUCUGAGGACAAGGUUCUUCACUCUGAGGACAAGGUUAUUCACUCUGAGGUCAAGGUUCUUCAAUCUGAAGACAAGGUUUCUCACACUGUGGACAAGGUUCCUCACUUUGAGGUCAAGGUUCUUCACUCUGAGGACAAGGUUCUUCACUCUGAGGACAAGGUUCUUCACCCUGCGGACAAGGUUCCUCACUCUGAGGACAAGGUUCUUCACUCUGAGGACAAGGUUCUUCACUCUGAGGACAAGGUUCUUCACUCUGAGGACAAGGUUCUUCACUCUGAGGACAAGGUUCUUCACUCUGAGGACAAGGUUCUUCAAUCUGAGGACAAGUUUCCUCACUUUGAUGACAAGGUUAUUGAAACUUUGAGGACAAAGUUCUUCACUCUGAGGACAAGGUUCUUCACUCUGCAGACAAGGUUCCUCACUCUGAGGACAUGGUUUUUCACUCUGAAGCAAAGGUUCUUCACUCUGAGGGCAAGGUUCUUGACUCUGAGGUCAAGGUUCUACAAUCUGAGGACAAGGUUUCUCACACUGUGGACAAGGUUCCUCAUUUUGAGGUCAAGGUUCUUCACUCUGAGGACAAGGUCCUUCACUCUGAGGACAAGGUUCUUCACUCUGCGGACAAGGUUCCUCACUCUGAGGACAAGGUUCUUCACUCUGAGGACAAGGUUCUUCAAUCUGUGAACAAGGUUCCUCACCUUGAGGACAAGGUUAUUGAAAUUCUGAGGACAGGGUUCUUCACUCUGCGGACAAGGUUGCUCACUGUGAGGACAAGGUUCUUCACUGUGACGACAAGGUUCUUCACUCUGAGGACAAGGUUCUUCACGCUGAGAACCAGGUUUUUCACCCUGAGGACAAUGUUCCUCACACUGAGGACAAGAUUCUUCACUCUGCGGACAAGGUUCUUCACUCUGAGGACAAGGUUCUUCACUCUGAGGACAAGGUUCUUCACUCUGAGGUCAAGGUUCUUCACUCUGAGGACAAGGUUCUUCACUCUGAAGACAAGGUUCUUCACUCUGAGGACAAGGUUCUUCUAUCUGUGAACAAGGUUCCUCACUUUGAGGACAAGGUUAUUGAAACUCUGAGGACAACGUUCUUCAAUCUGAGGACAAGGUUCUUCACUCUGCGGACAAGGUUCCUCACUCUGAGGACAUGGUUCUUCACUCUGAGGACAAGAUUCUUUACUCUGAGGACAAGGUUCUUCAUUCUGAGGACAAGGUUCCUCACACUGUGGAGAAGGUUCCUCACUUUGUGGACAAGGUCCUUCACUCUGAGGACAUGGUUCUUCACUCUGAGGACAAGGUUCUUCAAUCUGAGGACAUGGUUCUUCAAUCUGAGGACAAGGUUCCUCAGUUUGAGGUCAAGGUUCUUCACUCUGAGGACAAGGUUCUUCACUCUGAGGACAAGGUUCUUCACUCUGCGGACAAGGUUCCUCACUCUGAUGACAAGGUUCUUCACUAUGAGGACAAGGUUCUUCUUUCUGAGGACAAGAUUCUUCACGCUGAGGACAGGGUUUUUCAACCUGAGGACAAUGUUCCUCACACUGAGGACAAGGUUCUUUACUCUGCGGACAAGGUUCUUCACUACGAGGACAAGGUUCUUCACUCUGAGGACAAGGUUUUCCACUCUGAGGACAAGGUUCUUCACCCUGAGGACAAGGUUCUUAACACUGAGGAGAAGGUAAUUCACUCUGAGGACAGGGUUAUUCACUCUGCGGACAAGGUUGCUCACCGUGAGGACAAGGUUCUUCACUGUGACGACAAGGUUCUUCACUCUGAGGACAAGGUUCUUCACUGUGCGGACAAGUUUCCUCACACUGAGGACAUGGUUCUUCACUCUGACGACAAGGUUCUUCACGCUGAGGACAAGGUUCUUCAAUCUGAGGACAUGGUUCUUAUAUCUGAGGACAAGGUUCCUCAGUUUGAGGUCAAGGUUCUUCACUCUGAGGACAAGGUUCUUCACUCUGAGGACAAGGUUCUUCACUCUGCGGACAAGGUUCCUCACUCUCAUGACAAGGUUCUUCACUAUGAGGACAAGGUUCUUCUUUCUGGGGACAAGAUUCUUCACGCUGAGGACAAGGUUUUUCACCCUGAGGACAAUGUUCCUCCCACUGAGGACAAGGUUCUUUACUCUGAGGACAAGGUUCUUCACUACGAGGACAAGGUUCUUCACCCUGAGGACAAGGCUUUCCACUCUGAGGACAAGGUUCUUCACCCUGAGGACAAGGUUCUUAACACUGAGGAGAAGGUAAUUCACUCUGAGGACAAGGUUCUUCACUCCGAGGACAAG